CCCUGCGCGAGUAGCCCACCGGCAGUCGCAGCGACUGAAUGCAAUAAAGGCGCAGUCCUUGCAGAACAUCGACUACGACCACCACUACCAAACAUCUAGCAACAUGGCGCCGACAACAGCGAGCCCCUUCAUUACCAUCCGCGUCGACGACGGCAAAGCCCGUCCAACGCACUUCUUCGUCCAAAAAGAUGUCCUCUGCCGAACCUCCCCAUUCAUGCAAGCACGCUGCAAGCCCGAAUGGUCGCAAAACGGUAACAACACCAUCAUUCUCCCCGAAACCACCCCGCAAGCCUUCCAACUCUACAUCGACUGGCUCUACCACGGCAGCGUCUGCCCCUCCAAAUACGCCACUCUCGAAGAAAGCAGCAAAGCCUACUUCGUUCUCGGCACAGCCUACGUCCUCGGCGAAAUACUCCAAGACAUCCCAUUUCGUGUCGCGAUAAUCGACACGUUGCAUCAGCGUUGUCUCCCCGAGGAUUUCGAGCCAAGUGUCGCGUGGGUCGUAGACAUCAUCACUGUAAUCUACAACGGCACAACCAACGCCUCGGGCGCUCGACGCUUCGUGACAGACAUGGUACUUGUAAAGAAUGUCAGCGCGGAGCUUUGGGACUACAGCGACGAACUACACAAAGACUUCUUCCGCGAUCUUGCUCGUACGUAUCAUUUGAAGGGCGGGACGGAAGCUGCUAGCCUCCGAUGGACCAGUCCUGGGUGUCAUUAUCAUGCCAACGACCUCGACAGCACCUGUCCUUGUCUCAUCGCCGACGAACCAAAACAUGGCUCGGGAAACCAAUCCGCUAAGCGGAAGACUCUGAGUCGGGACGAAGGUGGAGGUGUAAAGUUCCUUCGGCAAAAUCGUGUCGAGCGAUGGAGCGACAACGCUGGGAUAUUGUGGGCGUGAUCCAGAGUUUGACUGAUUGCGCGCACUUUUGGCCAGUGCGGAUCAUCGCCAGGAAGCGGAAGAGAGCGUGAUGGUGCAUGUAUAUUGAGGCGAUAAAUACAGCCCCGCAGCAAAAGGUCACGUUCAGGCAGAGCGGGACCGCACUCAUCAGUCGCAAGACAAGACCAAAGUCGAAUGCAGCAGGGAAAC